GAUUGGUUUUAAGAAUUUGCGUCCUUGUUAAUUUCGUCUUAGAAAUUUUAGUUUUUAUGAAUAUCGAUUUUUCCUUGAUUUGUCUUCUAAAUAGGGAGCCAUCAUCAUGAUUCUAAAUUACCAUCAUAAAAUAGAAAAAGGGGAGGUUAGAGAAGAUACGUGUGCAAUUUUUCUUGUAUACCUGUUUUUAUUGUAGUGAAUUACUAGAGCAGCGGAAAAAGACGUAGUAUUAUAUUGAGGCUAACCUCUAUGAAUCUUGUAUUUUUAUUUGAUUCUGCUAAUUAAUUUCAAUCGGUGGAACAAAAUUAGGGCUUGUAUUUUUCAGCACGUGGUAUUGUAUUGUAUGUAGACCCCUUCACAGGAUUUCCUUAUUUCUGUAUGUCCUUUAUCUUUUUUUACUUGGUGGGGAGAGAGGGCGAAGGGAAGGGGGUGGUAGUUGUUUUUAUGGUUUAGCAGUUUUAUUACAUAUGAGGUUUACCUUUCAUUCCACCUUCACCGAAGACCGUAUGCAUAGGGAAAAGUUCUGUUAGCAAAAUAGAAUCACAGUUCUUCUGCUUUCACCUAGGAUUUCCAAUACCGUUCCUUCUUCUUUAUUACUAAAAUAUUUUGGCACUUUAUUAAUUAAUAUUGUGGUAAUUUAAUAAAACACAUAAGAGUCAUGAAAAAUGCUAGUGUGCAUUGGUUUUGUCAUCAUGUGGCGGUAUCCAUUCUUGUUAAGUGAUCAUUGCUCUUGUAUUUCUGUUCAUGCUUGUCUUAUUUGUUAAUUACUUUCCGCAGGUGAAGAAGCAUAUCAAGCAAGGGCAAGGUCAUGAAGGUGGGAUUUUUACAGUGGAAGCCCCACUGCAUGUCUCAAAUGUUCAGGUUUUAGAUCCAGUCACAGGGAAGCCCUGCAAGGUUGGAUACAGAUACUUAGAAGAUGGUACCAAAGUUAGAGUUUCUAGAGGUAUCGGUGCCUCAGGCUCUAUCAUUCCUCGUCCAGAGAUCUUGAAGAUUAGGACCACACCAAGGCCAACAGUUGUUGGUCCCAAGGACACUCCAUUGGAUUUGGUCUCGGAAAAGACAUACGACGCUAAAACUGGAAUGGGAAUGCCAGAUCUUUAGGAGUCCUUUUUUUUUUUUUUUUGUGGGGGGGGAGUUGCAAAGUCCUUGCACAUGUUGAAAGACGAAGGAAAAUGUAAACUGAGGGAUCUGCUGUUUACAAGUUACUGCCCGCCUGAUCAUUUUAUCACUCGCGAUUGUCACUUUUAUGAUUGAAAUGGAUUAUUUUUGUUGCUACAUU